GUUUGAUUUCCGCUAAGUUAAUUCUUUUACAUUUUUGACAGGCACAUUGGAAGCAUAGUAUUUUCGGUGUGCGAUAAUAUUUGCUAUUUUUUUUAGUAAACGCUCCGCUAAAAAUAUAAUCAGAAAUGGUCGUUAAGAAGCCCAAGCCGAAGAAGAAGCCAGUUACCAAGAAAGUUGCUCCGGCCCCAUUAGCAGUUAAAAAGCCAGUGGUUAAAAAGGUCGUUAAUCAAUUAUUUGAGAAACGUCCUAAAAACUUUGGAAUUGGUCAAAACAUUCAGCCAAAACGUGACCUCUCUCGUUUUGUUAAGUGGCCUAAAUAUAUUCGUGUCCAGCGUCAAAAGGCUGUAUUGCAGAAGCGCUUGAAAGUUCCGCCUCCCAUACAUCAAUUCAGUCAGACCCUUGAUAAAACAACUGCCGUAAAGCUGUUCAAGUUGCUGGAAAAAUACCGACCAGAAUCAGCAAUUGCUAAAAAACAGAGGCUAAAGAAAAUUGCUGAAGCCAAGGCAAAGGGCAAAGAUGUUCAACCGAAAAAGAAACCCAAUUUUAUUCGUUCGGGCACAAACACUGUCACUAAAAUGGUUGAACAGAAGAAGGCUCAACUUGUAGUUAUUGCCCAUGAUGUUGAUCCUUUAGAGUUGGUUUUGUUUUUGCCAGCGUUAUGCCGGAAGAUGGGCGUGCCCUACUGCAUAAUCAAAGGAAAGGCGCGUCUGGGCCUACUAGUGCGUCGUAAAACGUGCACUGCUCUGGCCCUUACGAAUGUCGAAGCCAAUGACAAGGCUAAUUUGGCUAAAUUAGUGGAAGCCAUAAAGACAAACUUUAAUGAACGACAUGACGAAAUUCGACGACAUUGGGGCGGUGGUAUACUUGGUUCAAAAAGUUUGGCUCGUAUUGCCAAACUAGAGCGCGCCAAAGCUCGGGAGUUGGCUCAAAAGCAAGGUUAAGCUUGUUGAUCGUCGGCCAAGCGCAAUAUAUGGCGUCAUCGUGUUAACAGAUGAAUAAGCGCAGUAAUCGAUGUUAUAUGUCGGUCUUGAUUAUAAAUAAAUUAUAAAGCAACAAAAAAGCUACAAAACUAA